AUUUUAUGAGCUAAAUGUCUUAGUUUCUAUAAUUAUAUACUAGUCACUAUUUUCUUCGCUCUUUGAUCAUUUUACUCAUAUGUUGUAAAAGAUGUUGUAUUUCAUGUGUUUUCUACUGUUUUAUUGAGCUUAGAAAGUUCUAGUUCAUUUGUUUCGAAGGCGUGCACGGUAUAAAGCUCAAGGUUCUUCAUUUUAUUUCAUAAUUGGGUCGGAUAAUAACUGAGGUUGGAAAGAUGCUUGACGGAGCAAAGUUUAACGUGCUAAACCACAACAACAAUGACAACAACUACUAUGCUUUCACACAAGACUUCUACCAAAAGCUUAACGAAGGUACCAACAUGUCCAUGAAUAUGCAGACUAGCAAUGCUGGAGGUUUUGUGUCAAUGUCUGUCGACAACAGUAGUGUUGGUUCCAGCGACGCUCUUAUCUCCCACCCGGGGUUGAAGCCGCUGCGCAAUAAUGCCUACUCACCUUCUGUUGGGCAAAGUGUGUACCGCCCGAGGAAAAUCACACAUCCGUUGGACAAUGAUGCCUUGACUCAUGCACUGAUGGACAACAUGUAUCCAACCGAAGGGCUGGCUAACUAUGAAGAGUGGACGAUAAAUCUGAGGAAUCUCCGCAUGGGUCCUCCUUUUGCUCAAGGUGCUUUUGGUAAGUUAUACAAAGGGAGUUACAACGGGGUGGAUGUGGCGAUCAAGAUACUUGAGCGUCCAGAGAACAGCCUGGAAAAGGCACAAUUCAUGGAACAACAGUUCCAACAAGAGGUGACUAUGCUUGCGAAUCUGAAGCAUCCAAACAUCGUGAGGUUCAUCGGGGCCUGUCGGAAGCCGAUGGUGUGGUGUAUAGUGACUGAAUAUGCCAAAGGAGGUUCCGUGAGGCAGUUUCUGACAAAAAGACAGAACCGUGCAGUGCCGUUGAAGAUAGCUGUCAAACAGGCGUUGGAUGUCGCUAGGGGUAUGGCUUAUGUUCAUGCACACAACUUGAUACACAGAGAUCUCAAGUCGGAUAACCUUCUCAUCUCUGCUGACAAGUCAAUCAAGAUUGCGGAUUUUGGUGUUGCUAGAAUCGAAGUUCAGACCGAAGGAAUGACACCAGAAACCGGAACUUACAGAUGGAUGGCUCCAGAGAUGAUACAACAUAGAAACUACAAUCAUAAAGUGGAUGUGUAUAGUUUCGGGAUCGUGCUGUGGGAGUUAAUCACGGGACAACUACCGUUCCAAAACAUGACAGCAGUACAGGCUGCGUUUGCGGUUGUGAACCGAGGAGUGCGUCCAACGAUCCCUAACGACUGUCUCCCCGCGCUGACUGAGAUCAUGACUCGAUGCUGGGAUGGUAACGCGGAAGUGCGUCCAAGUUUCGUUGAGGUUGUGAAUAUGCUUGAAGCUGCUGAAACAGAGAUAAUGACGACAGCUAGAAAAGCCCGUUUCAGAUGUUGUAUGAGUCAACCUAUGACUAUCGACUAAAUAAAAGAGAAAGGAGAAGAAAUAUUAUAUGAAAAAUGGCUAAUAGAUAAUUAAGUUA